CGCUGAUCAAGUCGACCACAAUUAUCCGCGGUCGAGAUGCGAAGCGAACAGUCGAAAGGAAUCCACAUUCGUGUUCUAACGGAGUAGAAAGUCAGUAAUUCGCAUCAGCGAGGAGUUUAGAAAUAAAGUUGAAAAAUGGCAGCGCUCCUCGUUUCGUUGCCGCUGCAAAUCGCCUGUCAAAUAAUGUGCGGAACAAAUUCAACCAACAAUAAUCUAAACUGCUUCGAUAAUACACCGAGUUUUCAGCAACACGCGCCGUUGUCCAAAGGAUACGUAGCCUUUCCGGAUAUCGGGCGCGCCUUCAAAUCGUAUCACGAUAAAGAAGUGACGUGGGACGAAGCUCGGAGACGAUGCAUCGAAAACGGCGCCAAUUUGGCAGUAAUCGAUUCGUUGACCACGCAAGAUUACAUUAUGAAAGUUAAACCAGCCAUGUCUAGCGCUCACGUUGGGAUUCACAGAUUUUUCAACGGGGAAGAAUGGACGAGUGUCAAAAAUGGUCUUCCCGUGUCUUUGGUUCCAUGGGCUCCCAACCAACCGUUCGAGGGUGCCGACUUGAAAUGUGGGGGGAUGUGGCACGACGGAAGAGGACUUUUUUCCGAAACGUGCACCGACAAACGACACUUCCUUUGCGAGAUAUCGAUACCAAAGGAGAACGUUUAGCUGCGGCGAAUACUUGUAAUUUCAGACCGAAUUGUAUAUUCGUAGUUGGCAGAGGAAUUGCGACAAACUACUGCGAUAAACAAACCAGUUACUUGUGUGAAAUUUUUCCAUUUUUACUUAAACAAUAAAAUAUCCUUCGUCUUUCAAACUAUUUUUUUUCCACGGUUUGAUAAUCCAUUUAUUUUUAUUUUAUUCUUAUACAAAACUCGGUAAGCGAUACUCGGAUUCUUCGCACGGGGUUAUCUGUCGGUUCGAGAUACGAAAAGUCAAAGGGGGAGAAUAUCUUACGUAUAAAACAUCGACAGAUCGUCAUCAGCGGGAGUAAACGCAGAAGAAACGUCGAGUCAGUCGGUACGAAGUUGAAUAAUAAACUCGAAAAAUGACAGGGCUCCUCGUUUUGCUUCCGAUGCAUCUCGCCUGCCAGAUAAUGUGUGCCGGGAAUUCUACUAACGGAAAUGUAACUUUUGUUCAAAAUACGUCUACUGGUAAGCAAAACAGUUCCCCGUUGCCCGAGGGGUACAUAUCCUUCCCGGAUAUCGGUGUCGCCUACAAGUCGCAUCACACGCAAGGUGUGUCGUGGCAUGAGGCUCGAAAACGAUGCAUAAUAGAGGGCGCUACCUUGGCGGUGAUCGAUUCGUUGAAAAAACAGGAAUACGUAAUGAAAGUUAAACCAUACGUACGUAGUUUGCACAUUGGGAUUCACAGAUUGUUCGACAGGAAUGAAUGGACAAGUGUCAAGACUGGUCUUCCCGUGUCCUUCGUUCCAUGGGCGCCUAAUCAACCGACCCAAGAGGCGGACCGAAACUGCGUAGUGAUGUGGCACGACGGACGAGGACUUGCUGCAUCAGUGUGCAAUAACUACGAGCAAGCCUUUGUUUGCGAGAUUCCGAUAUGAACGGACAACGAUAAGUAAUUCCUAUGAUUUGAUUGGUUGGAUUUAUCGUAUCUUUACCGACAAUUCUAUAUGUAUACCUACUCACAGCUCGUUAAUACGCUUGUAAAAAUCACAAUUAUCUCUGGAAUAAAUGUUCCAAACACAAAUUGCA